AUGGACAAGGCGACCGUGGUUCUCUACUCGGGUCUCGGCGGCAUCGGCCACCUCACGCCGAUGGUCCAGCUGUCCCAGCUGUUCGUCCAGCACGGCGUCGCCGUCACCGUCGCCCUCGUCAAGCCGCAGGAAGAGCCGGCCACCAGCUUCUCCGCCGAGGUCGCCCGCGCCGCCGCCGCCAACCCGUCCAUCACCUUCCACGUGCUGCUGCCGCCGCCCUGUCCGGCCGAAGAGGAAGCCCCGCGCGACAUGUUCGACCGCCACCGCCUCAUUGACGCGCCGCUCCGCGACUUCCUCCGCUCGCUCCCGGCGGUCCGCGCGCUCGUGCUCGACAUGUUCUGCGCCGGAUCGCUGGACGUCGCCACCGAACUCGGCAUACCUGCCUACUUCUUCUUCGCCUCCGGCGCCACUAUCCUUGCAAUCUACCUCAACCUUUCCAGCGUGGUCGCCAACAUGGGCAGGAGCUUCGCGGAGCUCGGAGACUCGCCGCUCAGCCUCCCAGGCGCGCCUCCAUUUAGAGCUGCGGAUCUCCCAAAAAUUGUACUCGACGACGACGACGCCACCCGGGUCUUUGUUCGCCUGUUCGAGAGGAUGCCAGAGUCCAAUGGGAUUCUUGUCAACACGUACGAGUCGCUGGGAGCGCGUGCAGUGCACGCCCUCAGGGACGGGGCGUGCGUCCCCGGCCGCCCGACACCACCGGUCUACUGUGUUGGGCCGCUGGUCACGGAGGGCGGAGACGAGAAGCACGAGUGCCUCGAGUGGCUGGACGCGCAACCGGACAGCAGCGUCGUGUUCCUCUCAUUCGGGAGCAGGGGCACGUUCCCCAAGAAGCAGCUCCAGGAGAUCGCCGUCGGCCUGGAGAAGUCGGAGCAGAGGUUCCUCUGGGUCGUGCGGAGCCCGCGCAGCGAGGAGCAGAAUUUUGGCGACCCGCUCCCUGGCCCUGAGCCAGACCUCGACGCGCUCCUCCCCGAAGGAUUCUUGGAAAGGACGAAGCACCAGGGGCUCGUCGUCAGGUCCUGGGCGCCGCAGGUGGAGGUGCUCGGCCACAGGACGACUGGGAUCACGGCGGGGCUGCCGCUGCUGUGUUGGCCGUUGUACGCGGAACAGAGGCUGAACAAGGUGCUCAUCGUGGAAGAGAUGAAGCUUGGAGUUGUGCUGAGGGGCUACGACGAAGAGGUAGUGAAGGCAGAGGCAGUGGAGGCGAAGGUCAGGUGGGUCGUGGAAUCCGAGGGAGGAAGGACCCUUCGGGAGCGUGCCACGGCGGAGAAGCGCAGUGCGGUCUAA